AUGAGCUCUAUGGCCAAGUGUAUCGCUGUUCUCUUCGCGAUCAUCCUGUUUGCAAAUGCUAUUCCGCUGGUUGACCGACAAACAGAAUCGUUUACACCAAUGCAUAAGCGUCUCUCCAAUGCGGCUCUUAUUCGUCUGAUCAUGAGAAAUCGUGAAGCCGAGCUUGCACAGAAUCUCAAACGUGAUGCGAAACGUGCUGAUUUGGAGCGUCGAAGCCUUGACGAUGACUUCUCCAACUGCUUCCUCUCACCCGUUCAGUGCAUGUUGCCGUCAUCCCGAAAGUAA